AGAGGGGACAGAGGAGGAGGCUGAAGAUUUGCUCGUUGACCACAUUAUAUCUUAGUGAAAAUCUUAGAAGAGUCUCAUUCUCAUGUAAGUUUUUGAGACUUUUAUUCUCUACUCAGAAGGAACGUUAUACUGACAUAAGAUCUCUGAAGCUGCAAAAAAUUCAGGUCCUAAAGCUGUGAAAGAUGGAACAAAAUCAAACAAACAUGGUUGCCAACAAAUCAUGUGAAAUACAGGAAAAACCAUCCCACCCAUAUCUAACGAGCUUCUACAUAAUAAUUUUUCUGGUGGGUUUGAUCCUCAACAGCUUCACUUUAUGGUUUCAUUGCCAUCAAAGUCAUGUGCAAAGUUCAAAGAGCUGGAUGAUCUACCUGAAACAUCUGACAGUUGCUGACUUUUUGAUCUGCCUGAGCCUCCCACUGCGAAUAGUCUACUACUCUGACAAGUCGUCCUUUCAGCUGUACUGCAUUGUUAUACGUCCGCUAAUGUUUCUCAACAUAAGUGCCAGCAUCCUGUUCAUGGGCUAUAUUGCAGCCAGCAGGUACAUGAAGAUCUUUUAUUCUUCAAGAACUCCCUUCCUGAUGACAGCCAAAGCCAGCCACAUCAUCUCGAUGACCACCUGGUGUUUUCUUCUGAUCGUGUUCAUACCAAACUUCACCAAGAAGAUGGUCAACUAUAAAAGUUCUAAUUACACCACCUGUAAUGAAAUGCGAAAAAAUCAUCUAGAAAUCAGUAUUAGGUUGAUUUUAGCUUCUGCAUCUACUUUUAUCUUUCUGUUGGUGUUCUUCCCUCUGAUGUUCUUCUACUACAGCACCUGCAGCAAGGUGCAGCAGAUCCAACAAAGCCAUUUACGCAACUCAGAGAAGCUUGUGAACUCUCGCAGGAAAAUGUUGGUGUUGGUCAGCGUGUUCUGCAUUUGCUUUGUUCCUUAUCAUGUGCUUCGUCUUCCAUACAUCAUAUUUGAAGGACAUUGUAUAACCAUUUUUUAUAAGGUGAAGGAGAUCACUGUUUUACUAACAACAUUCAAUUUGUGUCUGGAUCCAAUUAUUUAUGUUUUUCUUUGUAAGAACUUCAGGGCUCAGCUCAAUCUGAAACGAAUAUUUGGCACUAAUGGCAACAGCAAUACCUACACGUUAGAUGCAAGGCACAGUGGGGAGCUGCUGAACACCCACAGCUCCCGGGUCCUAGAGGGGAGAGUAACCACUAGUUAAGUUUGUCUCUGAUUAAACACCAAGACUUUCUGUUUAUUGUAUUUAAACCAGCAACUAUUUUCCCUGAGCUCCCUGAGCUCAGCCACUGCUGGAUGAAAAUAUUCCCUUUCUGACAUACGCAGGUGAAGAUUCUCAGUCAUCCAGGUCAUAGUCAUUCAAAAAAGCUAAAAAAAACAACAAUACACUGGAAUUUGUUUCCAACUUUAGUGACCUUUUACCUCCCAUCCUGGAAGCUUUUUCGAUGCAAACAUGUUCCAAAAGUGUCCUUCCCCCCCAAAUUACCCAGAGUCAAAUAAGUACAUGUAGGAGAAUGCAUAUUGUAUUUUCUGCAUUAAUUUUAAUUCACAUUUAGAAUAAGUUCUGGAGUAAAUACAUGCAUAUCCUGGGUUUCAGUUUCAAAAAAAUAGAUAGAUGUUAUGCUGAUUUAAGUUACAACUGCGAGGUUCCCUGUGAACCAUAUUUGUUGGUAAAACGAUUUACUGAACUUAUAACCAGUCUCUUGUACAUUGGACAUGUGGAAAACAUUAGAUGUAAGGUCCUUAUCUGAAGGACUCAGUAGUUAUUGGAGAGUAAAUACAUGCAAUUAGAUCUAAUUUUAUUUAUAAAUUCAUAUGUAUAAGCCU